UACGUAGUAUUUUUAUUUGUAAAUUCAAUUUUAUGUAUCAUAUUAAAGUAUUUCCUUCUAAUAAAAUAAGCACUCAGCACAGCGCAAUUUUCAUCUACAUCCUAUAUAUUCAUGAAAGAACAUUAUUUAGAUACAAAAUACAACUUUUAAAUUUCCACUAGGUUUUGUUUUGUUAAGUAUGUCUCGUCAAUGUAUUUUGAGGUGUCUAUUGAACUCUCACCUUCCCAUAAAUUUAAAUCACAAUGCAGAAAAUAUAAUCGGUCGCAGUAAAUUAACAAAAAUUAAGGAUCAGGCUUGCUCUCGCCAACAAAUUUGGCUUAAAGCAGACUGUGAGAACUGUUCAGUUGAAAUUAAGCAACUUGGCGUUAAUCCUUCUGGUUUAGAUGGUUUUGCAUUGAAAAGGAAUGAAAGUUAUACAGUUGGCCAUGGAUCUAGAUUGGAAGUUUUAUUAAAUAAUUAUGUUCAUAUCAUUGAGUUUGAUCCACCACCUGAAGACUAUAUUGAAAACAAAGUUUGCCGUAAAAGAAAACUAGAACCUGAUUACAGUAAUAUGCAGUCAAGUAAACAGAUGAAAACGGACACAAAUUCUCAUUUUUCAAGUUCAGAAGCUCAUCGAGAUAUGUGGGAAGAAAUUGACAAGGGUGAAUUGUAUAUAUUUACUUCUAAAGGAGUUAAAUCUAGUAACAAAAUUGCUGCUUUUGAUAUGGAUGGUACUUUAAUCAAAACUAAAUCUGGAAAGGUGCACCCGGUUGAUACAAACGAUUGGCAAAUAGCAUUCCCAACAGUGGAACAAAAACUGAAAGAGAAGUUUAUGGAAGGCUUCAAAAUUGUGAUAUUGAGCAAUCAAGCCCCCAUUGGUAAUGGAAGGGUCAAAAUAGAUGACUUUAAAAAGAAAAUAGAAAGUUUGGUGAAAAAAUUAAGUGUGCCAAUCCAAGUUUACAUAGCAACUGGUAAAGGAAUUUAUAGAAAACCGUUGAAUGGAAUGUGGAAGUUUUUGACUGAAAAGAGGAAUGACAGUAUCACCAUAGACACACUUCAUAGUUUCUACUGUGGAGAUGCUGCUGGCCGGGCACCUAACUGGGCCCCAGGCAAGAAGAAGGAUCACUCUUUAGUCGACAAGUUAAUGGCAGAAAAUAUUGGUGUCAGGUUUUUCACCCCAGAGCAAUUUUUCUUAGGGCAUUCCAUAACUAAUGUCCCUAUGAUCAAACCAGAAUUUUGUCCCAAGGAAAUUGUGCCAGUGCCAUUUGAUGAGAAGCUUUUAAGCACAACAAAAGAGAUACUUGUUUUAGUAGGAUUCCCUGGUAGUGGAAAAUCAUUCUUAGCAACACAAAUUGAACAGAAAACUGGUCAUCGCUAUGUUGCCGUUUGUCGUGAUGUUAUUGGCACAUGGCAGAAGUGUGUGGCUGAAGCAAAGUUAUUGUUGCAAAGUGGUAAAAGCGUCAUAGUGGACAGCACUAAUCCCGACGUAGAAUCACGUGGUCGCUGGAUUGCGUUAUCGAAAGAGAUGAACGUAGACUGUCGGUGCGCAAAGUUGGCUGUGACGAAAGCGCACGCGCAGCAUAACAACAAGUUUAGGGAACUUAUGAAGAUUAACCACGUACCCGUCAACGAUAUCGUGUUUCACACGUACAAAAAUAAAUACACGGAUCCAACUUCACGUGAAGGUUUCAAAGAAGUCUUAGAAGUUAAAUUUGGUGCAAACUUUGAAGAUAAAGCUUCUGAAGAAUUGUAUAAAAUGUAUUUGUUAGAAAAGUGAUGUCGGCAACGGGUUGGAAUAAAACACGUUAAAAGA